GAGAGUGGUGAAAGUACCGUGCCUGGCUUUACCUCCAAAGGCUCCAUCUCCCUGCCACCGUCUUACCUCUUCGGGAAAUAAUUACAUAUCAGGCGUGAUGUUCUGGAUCGCGGUCGUGGCUGUGCUGGUGGCCGGGUGCGGCGGUAGGACGGAGGCCGCCAACUUGGAGGACACCGUACGUGACCUGUACGACGCGCCGGCCGAGCAGCAGGCCCGCUUCUUCCUGAACUAUGACCGUUCGGCUGCCUUCAACACCUCCGUGGCCUUCACCAUCCCGCUCUUCUCCUUCACCCUGCCCGGCGCAGGAGACACGUCGGCGGCCGGCAUGGACCUGCAGUCCUUCGGCGCCCUCGCCUUCAUCGCCCUCUUCCUCCUGGGUGGCCUCGCCGUGGCGAUCUACACCACCACCCAGGGAGGCGUGUCCAAGAGGGAUUUCGGCGACGACGCGUCCUACCAGGAGUCCUUGCUCACCACCCUGGUGACGGAGUCCUUAGCGGGGAUCCCCAACGUCAUCGACACCAGGAGCUGCGCGCAACUGGCCGUCUGCGGCGCCUACUCCGAGCCCGAGAGAUACGGCCUCCUGGCGUGGCCCAUCAAGUUCCUCGUCUCGGACGACGAUACCAAGCCGGAGGACGAGCUCUCUGCGUACCAGAAGGCAGCGAGGGUCGGCAGCCGGACCGAGGACGACUGCCAGUAUGAGUACCCGUGUCUCGUCCAGCCCUUGGAGUUACUCCUCUACGUCUACGAUUACUGGUACGGCGAGGAGUAGAGGCCGCCGCCGCUACCUGCUCCUGACUGUUAGUUCCUACAAGCAAAGAGGCCACUGGAGAAUGCUCGCUUUCCUUUCAAGACGGUGAUGAUAACGAGGUUGUUCGACCCGGCCGUUACAACAUGCCGGCUUGAGAGAACAGCGGGCGUCCGACCACACAGACAGACGGGAACGCAAACAAGGACGAACAGAGUGGAGACAAUUAUGACUUUUUUGUGGAAAACAGGAAAAAAAGACUGUGAGCAAACUCGUGACCCCCAAAAAUAAUUUAAAAAGAAACAGCCAAUCAAAACAAACUUAAAGUGAGUGGGGAUGUCAUCAUAUAUGGAACAGAAGUGACUGAUUGUGACUUAAGACUUUAUUUCCAUGAUGAAAAAUGACUUCCUCUAGACAUGAGUUAUACAGGAACGUGACUUUGUUGACGUACCGAUAUGCAGAAAAUCAAACCUUCACAGUGGGUGACCGUAACCCACGUUCUCAAGGAUCCAAAGACUACAACCUUGCCUUUGUGAAAUAACACAGACAAAACUAGAUGACAAUAAAAAAAAUAAUAAUAAUAACAUGUGACAAAAUUAUUUAAAAAAGUAAAUAAAAACACAGACCUUAGUACAAGCUCAGAUUCACCUGAAGAGUUUCGAACCCCGUGCCUAUUCAACCGAAACAAAUGCAGUGGGGGAACUUCGUGGCACAGUAUCUCGCCACAUUAGCACUUUUCGGACUUGUUUACAACGUGCUCAACAAUAUCAGUGAAUCCUUAACGAGACAAUCGAGAUAAAAUGGUCAUAAACAUGUUAUGGUGUAAACUCGGAUGUACUUCUCUGCAUGAAGUCUAGUCUGAGGCAUAACAACCGUGUUCACAACAGAACAUGGUAUAGUGUAGCUGUACUAGUGGAAAAUAAUUAUCAUAGAAUAACGAGAGAAGCUAAGAGUUCACUUUUUUGUAACUUUGAAGUUUAAAAAAGUUAGUGAAGCCUCAUGAAGCCUCAAAGUGGCAAAGAAUACGUUCUCUUCGAAGCCUUUCACCGGCAGAGGAUAGCCGAUUGACUUGCUCCAAAGCCAGUGGCAUUAGAAUUUAUGAAUCCAAUGACAAUUUUAUCAGAUAUGCCGAGUUUUCUUAUGGUAAUUUUUUAGGUGUAAACUGCUUCUUGAAUGUAGUUCAAUGUGUAUAGAUUUUAUUACUUUCUAUUCUCUUUUGUUUCAAAAUUCUCUCUUUAUUGGACUUACUAAGCAUUGUCCUAAAAGAAAAUUAUCUUAGAUAAGGUAUUCGUGUAAGUGGCCCAGGUGCUAUUCGUAUACAGUCUAAAGUAUCCCAUUGCUAAACAACCAAGUCACUAUGAAAUACAGUUUGUAACUAUGACAUCAAUUAUGAUCUAUCCCCCCAAAACUCUUGGAAUUCCAACGAUCCCCCCCCCCCCAUACUCUUGGAAUCGAUCAACUCCCCCCCUCAAAUACUCUUGGAAUCGAUCAAUCCCCUCCCCCCCUCAAAUACUCUUGGAAUCGACCUAACGCCCCCAAAUAAUCUAGGAAUCAUCAAGUUAUUUCAGUCAACUUAUUUAGUGUUACCAGAUCAUUCAUAGACCAUUCAUUUACAUAGAACUGAAGGUCAGCAUAGAAAAAAAGAAAUCAUUCAUUUAAUAAAAAGAUGAAAGAUGUAAGGUCUUUAUCAAGAACAUUUGCCUUCAUCCUUUCACAAAACAUAAGUGUCAAUUUAGCAAUUUAGCAUCACCUGCAUACAUUCUCAGCAUCUGCUUUAGUCCUUAAGUGGUAAGUCAGGGCAUAUUUUAUAGUGAUAAGACAUUAUUAUAUAUACUUAGGUUUGUGUAAACUCGGGUAUGUAAACAAGUAGACUCUCUGAGCCUAAUAUUGGAAUACCCUAAAAGUUGACGUCAAAAUAUUUUAUUUUUCCUUUUUUUCACUACGUUUCCUUUGUGUCAUUCUGCCAAGCUCUAUUUUACUGGCAGAAUCGUCGAGAAUAAUGUCACGAAAAGUAUGAGAAUUAUCUCACUUGGCUCGUAUUUCCGAUUUGUUCUACAUAUCCUUACUUGUUACUUUCGGGCUUCGUUGGUCGGUUUCCUCUUUUGCAAUUUGUCUUUCUUCCUUCCUCCCUUUUUCCCCCUUUCACCCCCUCUCACGCUCUCUUCGUCUGUUUCUCUAUCUAUCCCCUUCUCUCCAGAAUAUGAUGUUUCCUCUCGCACUAUUUCCUCCCCCAACCGCCUUUCACCCUCUCUCCGCCUCUCACGCUCUCUUUGUCUCUUGUUAUCUGUAUCUCUAUUUCUCUCUCUAUCAAGAAUAUGAUCAACUGUGCUCUCAAGGUAACAAUCCGCGGCCAGUCUGAAAUUUAUAGAUAUAUAUAUAUCCUGUAUAAUAUUUUUCUGCUCCAUACAUUCUCUUCCACAUUCUUAAGUUCCAGAUAUAUCUCAUGAAGUAUUUAUUAUUUUCACUGAUCACUCUUCCUCUUCGAGUGCAAUUUCCCUUUGCACGAUCUCUUUUCCUCAUCUCAGAGUCGGGCAGGACUGACUUUUAUCAGAUUAAUUACAGACAUAAUAUGAUAAUUAUUGUUAUUCUCAUAAUCAUCUGUUGUGACUAGUACUGAUAGUAUUACAGUUCGUAAUUCGCAGUGAACCUAUUGGAAAAAUGUAUUCUGUUGGAGUAGAUGCAUCCAAAGAUGGUAUGUAUACAGAUAUUUUAAUGAGUUACUGAUGGACCAUCUGCUUUCAUGAUAAGAUUACCAAAUUCAGUGGAAAAAAACGAAAAAAAAAAAAUCACAGCCUUGUAAUUAUGUUGGUAUGUUAUCUAUCAGGAUGCCAUAAAUAUCUAUCGACCAAGUACUCUUUUAAGAACACCGUAAAGAAGAUUCUCGUCGAAUUAUCAUAAAUUCAUGAGACUUUUCGUUUAGAUAAAACGAGAUUAGUGUGAAUUGCAUCAUGUUGUAACAGUCUUUUUCAAUUCCCUACUCAAACUUUCUUGUCUUUUAUUUCAUUAAUACGAAAAAAAGCCUCGUAACUAAUUUGCCUAUUACCAAAUAAACAAAAAAUGAAAUACAAAUAGAAAAAUAAAAUAAAAUGAUAAUAAUAUAUAAAAUUAUAAAAUGAAAACACCAAACCAAAACAAAAUAAAAUACCUUGAAGGAUAAAAGACACUUAGUUCUCCAAAGUGUAAAAGGUCGGUAGAUGAUUUUAGCCAAAUUUUGACUAAUGUGUACGUUGGUGAAGAAUAACCUAGUGUAUUAUCAUUGGGCAUUUGUAAUAUUACUUCCUUAUUUAUUUAUUUAAUUCCUUUUUUUUCACAAGUCGUGGUUUAUAUCAACUUGCGUCCAUUUGUAGAAUAACUUAAAUCUCUAAUUCUAGGAAAAUAAAAUUCCGUGGUCAUUUAACAACUUUUCCUAUAAGUAUUUUGGAAGUUUCAGUAAAACUUCAAAAUGGCGACGGGAUUACUGUGGCCAAUUGUAAUGAAAUAAAACGCAUCAAUGGCUCUGUGACUGGGUAAUUUAUAAUGGUUCCGGGAGACUCCGGUUCUGUUUAAUUGCAAUGGUAUCCAGAUCACGUUUGUUGAUGCGUGCGUGUGGAAGAAACAUAUAAAACGAAACCAUUUUAUAUAAUUUCAACUACACUGGGAUGUUUCUAGAAUAAAACAAAAUAAAAUGAGAAAC